AUGACGUCAUCCGGAGGAAAGAAGCAGGUCGUGAAGAAGAUGAUCCCGUGCUGCAUGAAGAUGGGGAUGAAGAGAGGACCAUGGACGGCGGAGGAGGAUGAGAUUCUUGUUAGCUUCAUCAAGAAAGAAGGCGAAGGAAGGUGGAGAUCGCUUCCCAAGAGAGCUGGUUUACUCCGAUGUGGAAAGAGCUGCCGCCUACGGUGGAUGAACUAUCUCCGGCCGUCUGUAAAACGCGGCGGUAUCACUCCCGACGAGGAAGAUCUCAUCCUCCGCCUUCAUCGCCUCCUUGGCAACCGGUGGUCACUGAUCGCGGGAAGGAUACCGGGAAGGACUGAUAAUGAGAUUAAGAACUAUUGGAACACUCAUCUUCGUAAGAAACUCUUAAGUGAAGGCAUUGAUCCUCGAACCCACAAGCCUCUUGAUGCAAACAAUGCUCAUCAUAAACCCGGAGAAGAAGUUUCCGGUGGACAGAAUCUUCUAGAGCCUAAUUCUAGUUCUCACACUGAUGACACCACCGUUAAUAGCGGAAAUGAAGCUACCAAGAUCACUUUCAGUGUCUUUGGUGGUGAAGACAACGAAGACUUUGGUUUCUGUUACGAUGAUAAGUUUUCUUCGUUUCUAAAUGCGCUUAUCAAUGAUGAUCCUUUUGAUAGUAAUAUUCCAUUGUCCCAGCCGUUACGGACGCAAGAUUGUACUGGUGCGAUUGCUGGAACGUCGUCUAGCUUAGAACAUGGCCAGAGAUUAGAAGAUAUAUGAUUUGAUCGGUCGUGAUGUCUUCUAUAUCUACCAUGCUUCAAGAAGUGUGUAGUCAUGUGAUUUCAAAGGUCGGUAUAUAUAUAUGUGUGCUAAGUUGUUUUGUGGCGAUCUGUGUGAUUACAAAAUAAAUAUAUACCUCAUGUGUAAACAUACUCAUAUAAGUCGGUAUAUAUAUAUGUGUGCUAAGUUGUUUUGCAGCAAGGUUUGAGUUUUGAUUCUUGUUUAGUUUUUAAUCAAGUGCAAUGUGAAAACAAAAUUAUGAUAGAAGAUAUUUUAUUUGUUUAA